AUGGCUAUGAUUGGGACCUACCGGCGAUGGCUGCACCCAUUGGCUUCGAUACCAGGUCCAUUUCUAGCUUCCGUGAGCAACUGGCAUCAAGGCUGGUGCUUUAUGCAAGGCGGGUCCCAGGAGUAUUAUCGUCGUCUGCACGAGGAAUAUGGGCCUGUGGUUCGCUAUGGACCAGACUCUGUGAUGAUCAACGACCCUUAUUUCCUCCCUCACAUCUUCCACCGUCGCGCGGAGAAGACCUCUUUCUACGCGAACAACCCCGGACUAUUUGGUGUCCAGGAAUAUCAGGAUCUGUUGAGUAUUAAGCCCGGACUUGCUGCGAUGUUCUGCAUGGCAUCCAUCAAGGCGUAUGAGCCACAGGUAAACAGAUGCCUAUUGGCAUUACUUGAUGGAUUGAAGGCAAGUGGGGCAUCCACUCCCUUAGAUGAAUGGAUAGGAUGGUUCACAUACGAUGUCGUUGGUAGUAUCCUAUUUGGGGACCCAAUUGGGUUCCACAAGAAAAGACAAGAUAUCCAAGGCUUAGUUGCUGCAACGUCGCUGGCUUUCGAUACGAUAGACUAUCUCGCUCGUGUUCCCAAGCUUUCCUGGUUCUACCGGGAGACUUACCUUGGUCGCAAGCUCUUCCAGUUCCAAGCUGAGUACCAAAACGGGAUACAUGUUCUGCAUACUGUACUCGAGAAGGAAUACGACCGUCACCACAGAGGAACAGAUGCAGUGCCCGGAAAGUCCCAUACCAUCCUCCACCGUCUCAUAUCCUCCAAAUACGCGAAUGGCACGGCACUUACUGCACAGGACAUAAAGGGAGAAGCCAUGCAAACGAUGAUGGCAGGGUCAGCAACAAUUGCUUCAGCAACAAACCGACUUCUCAACAACCUCAUCGAACACCCCCAGGUCCUUGCCAAGCUCCAACAUGAAAUCGACCAAGUCAGAUUAACCCAAACAUCCCGUCCCAUUCCCUUUGAACAAGCGUAUGCCCUUCCCUACACCCAUGCCUGUAUCAGAGAAUCGUUUCGCUUAACUCCAACCAUUCCAUUAUUCCCCCGCAAAGCACCAAACGGCGGACUCACAUACAAGGGGAUCUAUAUCCCAGAAGGGACGGCGGUGGCAUCUAGUCCAUGGAUCACGAUGAAAAGCACAGUGCUAUACGGGGAUGAUGCAGCUGUGUAUCGGCCGGAAAGGUGGUUAGAAGCUUCACGGGAGAGGUUGAGGGAGUGGGAUCGCUAUGAGUUUCACUGGGGGUACGGGAAUCGAUUGUGCACUGGCAAACAUCUUUCUGUGAUGGAAAUUUACAAACUCACGUUUGAGAAGCCUCUGGGGGUGCACUGGGAGAGGAAGAAGAACAUAGGCAUGUCCUAG